AUGGAUGCUCAAUAUGAACGUCGUCUUCUUCUUUCAAUGAAUGGUCAUAGUUCAUUACAAUCUUUAUCACCAUUUAAAAGUCCACUUCAAUCACCUUUAAAAACAAGUGAUCGAUACAUUCCACUUCGAUCUUCAUUAACAAUAUCGAAUCUUCAUUAUCAAAUAAAUACUCAAACAACACCAUCACCUAAUCAAACAUGUCCAUCAUUAUCAACAACACCAUCACCAAAUAAAAAACGUAAAUAUGAACAUAAUCAAAUUGGUCUUGGUUCUGGUAUAACAGCAAAUGAACCAGAUUUAGCUAUUUAUCGACAAUUAUUACAAAAUACAUUAUUAAAUACAAAUAUUGAUUCAAUAUUAAAAAUAUCUGAUGUACAAAAUAUAAAUCAAGAAAAUUAUAAAACAGUACAAACAAAAAAAUCUUCAAUUAAUAAAGAAAAUUCAUCUGUAUCAUUAUCAUCAACAUCAAUAUUUCGUUAUUCUGAACGUGUUGAAAAUUUAAUAUCAACAUCAAAUUUAAUUAAUAAACAUCAUUUUACACAUUCACCUAUAUCAAAUGCAUCUGUACAUUUACUUUAUUCACCAAAAAAAUCUAUACGACGUAUACCAAAAGUUCCAUAUAAAGUAUUAGAUGCACCAGAUUUACAAGAUGAUUUUUAUUUAAAUUUAAUUGAUUGGUCAACAUCAAAUGUUCUUAGUGUUGGUUUAGGAGCUUGUGUUUAUUUAUGUAAUGCUCAAACAAAUAAUGUACAACUUUUAUGUGAUCUUACACAUACACAAUUACCAUCAGGAAAUAAUAAUCAAUCAACUAUUGGUUCAGAUACAGUUACAUCUGUAGCAUGGGCUGAUUGGUCAAAUAUAUUAGCAGUUGGUACUCAUCGUGGUCAUGUUCAUAUUUAUGAUGUAACAACACAAAAACGUUUACAAUCAAUGUGUAAACAUACAAGUCGUGUUGGUACAUUAGCUUGGAAUGAUUGGACAUUAUGUUCUGGUUCACGUGAUCGUUCAAUAAUUGAACAUGAAAUUCGUCAACAAUCAGCUUUACAUAUAUUUCAUGGUCAUACACAAGAAGUAUGUGGUCUUAAAUGGUCACCGGAUAAAUCAAUAUUAGCUAGUGGUGGUAAUGAUAAUCGUCUAUUUCUAUGGUCAAAAAGUCAACCAUCACAACCAUUACAUUCAUUUAAUGAUCAUUUAGCUGCUGUUAAAGCAAUAGCAUGGUCACCACAUCAACAUGGUUUAAUGGCAUCAGGUGGUGGUACAGCUGAUCGACAUAUACGUUUUCGUUCAUCAUUAACAUGUCAAACAUUAAAUGUUUGUGAUACUGGUUCUCAAGUAUGUCAAUUAGUAUGGUCAAAAAAUUCUCCUAAUGAACUUGCAUCAACACAUGGUUAUUCACAAAAUCAAAUUGUUGUUUGGAAAUAUCCAAUUAUGCAACCAUUAGCAAAAUUAUUUGGUCAUCAACAACGUGUUCUUUAUUUAGCUAUGAGUCCAGAUGGUGAAUCAAUUGUAACAGGUGCUGGUGAUGAAACUCUUCGAUUUUGGAAUGUAUUUGCUAAAGCUAAAUGUAUAAGAAAUCCAGAUUCAAAAUUAAAUGGACUUAAUCGAAUGCGAUAA